AUGGAACGAUGUGUGUUUUGUGGAUGGUCUCGUCGAACCGCUUAUCCCUCUGUCCGAUUCUUUGCCAUUCCUAAAGAACCCGGCCUGAAACGAGUACAAUGGCUGUACGCUAUUGGUGAACGAGAAAUGUCUGGUCGCCAAGAUCGUGUUUGUUCGGUACAUUUUCGAAGUGGAAAACCGAGUAGCGAUCCGAGCCAUGAGGACUUUGCACCACAUCGUUAUUUGGACAAAGAACCGCCAAAAGAAGUGAUUGAAUAUCUUGAACGCCUUGUCGAAAACAACGAAAAUGGACAAUUUGCGGCCAAUUCACAACCAAAAUUCAAGGCAAGCGUCUCCGUCACAAAUCCAUCGCAUGUCGAAUUUAACAAAGUAUCUCGUCCGAGCAUAUUGCAGAGACGUAAACGGACGAUUGGUGACCGGGAAGCUGAAGAUUUGCACGAAGGUUCCGAUGAUCCAGAAACAAAUGAGGAUGCGGAACAAGAGACUUCUAGAAAGCUUCCAUAUACAAUUGAAGAAGUAGAAGAUGAACCCGGAACAGUGAAAAAAAUGAGACUCUACCCACUUCAAAAAGAAUGGGUAAAGCAGACGGGAGCUGUUGAAGGAAUGAAAGUUGUGUUUCGAUUGAAACGAACCGAACCGAGAUCGAGUCCCCGAAAACAAGCACUUCCUGAGAAAACGAGGCGUGAAGUUGUGAGAAUUCGAAUGGAGGACGAACAUGGGAAUAUUAUUGAAGAGCGCUUGGUGAGCGAGGGAGAGGCGCGGCGGAUCCAAAAAGAAGUUGAACUCCAACAAAUGACCGAAGAAAGCGAGGCUGAUUUGCAAGUUCAGGAGCAAAUU